AUGGCCUGGAAUUUCUAUCGCAUCCUCAACUACACUAUCUUUAUCGUUCUCUCCGUCAUCCUCUUCUGUCUUAUAGUUCUGACCCCGGCCGACGCGAUCUACCAGUGCUACGUAACCUCGCGACUCACGAACAUUUUUAUUAUCAGUGGUGGCUACAUCGUGACUUUUAUAUUAGCGGCGCUGAUAUAUGCAACGCGGAUCUAUACCAAUCGCAGUGCCUUAGCUGGAAUCCCCAAAGCAUGGAUCCCAAUCGAGAAGGAAGAUGUCGGAAAGAGUGUGCGACGGCUGGUGGUUGAAGGUCUUGCUCGCAGCGCUAUUGUUGCUUAUCAAGCUAGGCCACGGGACACAGCUGCAGAUGGAGAUACCUUUGCCGACUACCCCAUGCUCUUGAUAGACUGCGACCGCCCGCCGUGGGGCUCUGUCGAACACCCCGGAUGGUCUUCUCCUGCAUCCCCCGAUUUGCCCGACCUGCCGUACCGAACGGUCAUUCAGGAACUUCCAAACCUGAUCGAAGCUAAAGCGGUCUCGCUCGCUCCCCCUGACCCCUUUUUGACAGCGACCCGCUCGUUUGACCCCUCCUCUCCUGGCGCCGAACAAUCAAUCCCGGACACACGAGUGGUGGAUAUCUUACGGCGACCGGUGUCGAUGGGUCUGAGGGAAUAUUUGCAACAUCUUGCUAGCCUGAACGUCAUUCAGCCACCCGAGAUUGGAGCAGAAUUCAUCGCACUAUAUGAACGCGCGCGCUUCUCGUCGCGCGAGCUUCACGAAACCGAGUUUCGGGAUCUGAUGCACAUAUUUGCCGGGCUUCUAAGAGGGAUGAAGUCGCUUGAUACGCACAUUAUGGAUGAUAUAUAUGCUGAAGGCUCUCGCGGCGAUAGCGAGUCUGUCAUUGGACCUUCAGACGAGGAAGGGGAAACUGAUACGAUGGAUUUCCACGAUGACAGCGAGGCGUUCUCUCGAGGCCGGAGCAACAGUUUACAACCUUCGAAUGCAUCGACAUGGGAGGGUCGCUCCACUUACGCUGCAUCGGGAAAUCAGAGUUAUAGGUCUCCUGUUUGGUCCAGAAACGUUGACCCGCAUCGGCUGGCGACGCCCCGAACGCCAUCGAUGCGAUCGCUUAGGCGGGUACAGUCUAAUGCGUCGGGCAGUUCUGGAGGAAGUGUUAUUCGUUUGGUAGAUACCCAUGGGCCAACUGAUUUGCCCUACGCGAUUAAUUUUAAUAGAACGUGA